AUGCCCAAUCACCCACAGGCCGAAAUAGCAAUCAUCGGUGGCAGCGGUCUCUAUGAGAUCCAGGGGUUUAGUGAAUCCGCCGUGGUUGACAUCGACACGCCGUAUGGCAAGCCCAGCGACGUCAUAACCGUGGGUGAGUUGUUGGACGUGCCGGUAGCAUUCCUGCCUCGCCACGGAAGAGGUCAUCGGGUGAGUCCAACCGAACUGCCUUUCAGGGCCAAUAUCUAUGCGUUGAAAACGCUGGGCGUAAAACAGAUAGUGUCAGUGAGCGCAGUUGGUAGCGGCGAUGUUUCUGUGGUCUCGUCGGACCUGGUGGUGCCCGAUCAACUCAUCGAUCGUACCCGUUUUCGCGACAGCACCUUUUUCGAGGGCGGCGUGGUGGCUCACAUUACGUUUGCAGAUCCUUUCUGUCCGGCCGUGAGCAACGCCAUCGCGGCGGGUGGGGAUGGGCAGGGCAUUCCUACCCAUGAGGGUGCGACGCUGGUGGUGAUGGAAGGUCCGGCGUUUUCAACCAGGGCUGAAUCCGAAAUGUACCGGUCCUGGGGCGGCGACCUGAUCGGAAUGACCGCGUUGCCAGAAGCCAAGUUGGCCCGCGAAGCAGAAAUGUGCUACGGAACCAUGGCCUGGGUGACCGACUAUGACUGCUGGCAUCCAGACCACGCCGCGGUGACAGUGGACAUGGUAGUGGAAAACCUGAUUGCCAACAUCGCCAAUAGCCGGAUUAUUCUCCGCCAAAUCGUGCCGGCCCUGGCGCAACUCGGCCCGUGCGACUGCCAAACUGCAUUGGCCAACGCCAUCAUUACUGACAAAUACCAUAUAUCCGACGAGGCACGCCGGCGCCUGGAACCCAUUGCCGGCAAGUAUCUGAACCUGCGUUAA